AUGUCCUCGGUUGACGCGGAGAAGGGUCCCUCGCCAGUGGUUGAGGUCGACGCCGUCGACGAAGGCCGACGGGAAUAUGACUUCACGCCGGAAGAAGUGGACGCCUACGAACUCGAUCCCGAAGUGUCCAAGGCUGUCCGCAGGGCCUACGACCGACGGAUCAUGCCCGUGAUCUUCUUCAUGUACCUCUUCUCGGCUCUCGACAGAGGUAACUUGGGAAAUGCGAAGACGGACACCCUCGAACAAGAUCUCCAUCUCGUCGGGAACCAGUACAACAAUGUCCUCACCGUGCUGUCUCUGAUGUUUGCUACCAUGGCUAUAUGCGGUGGCUUCGUGACGAAGAGGUUCGGGCCUCCGCGGAUGCUCCCUAUUUACAUGCUCGGGUGGGGCUCAAUGGCCAUGAUCAACGCUGCUGUCAAGGACUAUGGCGGGAUCGUCGCGGUUCGAUUCUUCUUAGGUACCUUUGAAGGCUUCUUCGGUCCGUCUGUGCCCAUCUACCUCUCCUCCUUCUACACCCGUGGGGAGCUCGCAAAGAGACUGGCUAUCUGGUAUUCCAGCACGGCCCUUUCCGGUGCCUUCGCUGGCCUUUUGAGCUACGGUAUUUUCCAGAUUAAGGGUAGCAUGUCUGGGUGGCGGAUACUGUUCCUCCUGGAAGGAGGCUUGACGAUCUGCGUUGCUAUCAUUGCCAUAUUCAUCUUGCCGACAUACCCCCAGUACGUCGACUUCUUGACACCCAAGCAGAAGGAAGCUGCGGUUAUGCGUCUGCUGAAGGAUGCAUCGAAGAGGGUUGACGCUCCUUUCAACGCACGUGAAUUCUUUGCUCCUGCAAAGGAGUGGAAAUUCUACGUGUUCAUAAUCUUUGCCCUCUGCUACGGAACAGCCUCAUCGACGGCGACGACCUUCCUACCGCAGCUCAUCGGUCGCUUCGGCUUCUCGAAAGUGAAGACGAACUUGUACACCGUGGCACCGAAUGUCGUGGCCGCGCUGUACUUGUACUUGCUGGCAUUCAUGUCCGACAAAGUCCGGCAGCGCACGCCUUUCCUCGCGUUGGCGCUGGGCACGACAAUGAUUGGUUGUAUAAUGCUAGCGGCACUACCCCUUUCGGCUACGGGGCCUGGGUAUUUUGCGUGCUUCUUGAUCCAGUGCGGUGCCUUCGUGCCCACGAGCUUAUUCCAUUCAUGGCACAACAACAAUGACCCUUCGGAGAACGGUCGGGCUUUCAGAACGGGAUUCCUGACGUUCUCUGCCAACGCCGGCUCGCUCAUUUCUUCCAACAUCUUCCUGGACUCCUGGGCCCCGAAGUACACCAAGGCGCUCAUCAUCUCUGCGUGCCUGCAAGUUCUGGGGAUCACACUUGUCCUUAGCAUGCGGACGUACAUGGCCCUGGACAACAGGAGGAGAAACAGGAAGCAGGGCGUCAAUUGGACUUCAAAAGAUGUCCCGACGGCUGUCCUUGCCGAGGGACCGAAGAAUCCCAGCUUCAGGCAUUUCCUCUGA